UCAGACCUCAGUAAGGGCUCUUCAGUGUGGAAGUAGUGUGGAAGUGCACAACAGAAGUUGCCUAGGAAGAGGCUCAUACUUUAUUCAGCACAGUUGCGUUUUUAUAGCAAAGCGACCUUUUUUUCUCCAUAGUCGACCUUCACGCAUGUCCUGAAGGAAAGUAAUAUCUUAUAUGAAAGUGCUUUUGAGAUGUUUCGCAUUAAUGACUAAUUAAACUAGGAUUCUAUUUUUUUUUUUUUUUUUUUGCUAGCUCGCUAUCAGUGCUCUCUGUCUGGAAUGCUAACAGCUAGCCUGCUAGCUAAUCCAGGAGACUUAAUAUUGUUCGGGGGAAGUUAGCCUGCCUGGUAUUGCUAAUUUUACAGAGCUAGCUAUUUAUCAAUUUAACGAGUCGGUAGUUUAUUUUAACGUGUCUGACGGGAUUAGUUUUUUUUUUUAAGUUAAUAUUCGCACUUGUUUCUUUUUUUGAUAGCAAGGCCGCGAAUUAGCCAUCAUCUCACCAUUCAGUUAGCUUAGCCUGUUAGCUAGCUAGCUAGCUAGCUAGUCGGGAGGGAGAGUGUGAGGGAGAGAGAGAGAAAGCUAAAGUUCGGCGCUGUGUCUUGAGAUGCCCGCGAUGUUGGAAAAGGGUACGACGGAGAUUUCGGGGAAGAGAAGAGGCAGAAACUCGGUGAGCAACCCGCCGAAAAGUUUCCCUUCGAACGGGAACAGUAAUAAUUCCUGGGAAGAAGGAAGUUCGCCUUCGUCUAGUGAUGACGAGCACGGUGCGGGAGGGAUGCGAGUCGGCCCACAGUUUCAGGCUGUAGUUCCGGACUACGACCCCGAAGUGGCCAAGGCGAGUCAGGAGAGGGAGAAUCUGGGGAUGUUGGUGUGGAUUCCUAACCAGACUCUCUCUGAGACUAAAUUGGAUGAAUAUAUUGCAAUAGCCAAAGAGAAACAUGGGUACAACAUGGAGCAGGCAUUGGGAAUGCUUUUCUGGCACAAACACAACAUUGAGAAGUCUUUAGCGGACCUGCCCAACUUCACCCCUUUCCCUGACGAAUGGACUGUUGAGGACAAAGUGUUGUUUGAACAGGGUUUCAGCUUUCACGGCAAGACUUUCCAUCGCAUUCAGCAAAUGCUUCCAGACAAAUCUAUUGCAAGCCUUGUGCGAUUCUAUUAUUCCUGGAAGAAAACACGCAGCAAAACCAGUGUCAUGGACCGCCAUGCACGCAAACAGAAGAGAGAUCGGGAGGAUAGUGAUGAUGAGGCUGAGGAGACAGGCUGUACCUCUCCAGGCAACACAGAACUUGAUGCAAACAAGGAGGAAAAAAAAGAGGGUUCAUCUGGACUUGAAAAACAGGAUAUAAAACCUGCGGUUGUCCAGAAGCCAGCACCUUUGGCAGAAAAACCAGCUCAUGUUAAAAAGGAAGCUCAAGGUCCAAGGAACCAUCACCGGGCCAAAAGAAAGCCUCCCAAAGGCAUGCACCUGAACCAGAGCGAUGUGACCGCCAUGUCGAGCAGCGGCCCAGCCGCAGCCAGCGUUCUCAGGCAGCUGGACAUGGAGCUCAUCGCCAUUAAACGACAGAUCCAAAGCAUCAAACAGAACAACAGCGCCCUAAGAGAAGCACUCGAUACAGGGGUAGAGGAAUUUCGGCCUUCUGAGGUAAAUCAGAAAUUCAACGCACGCUGGACUACAGAAGAGCAGCUUCUUGCAGUACAAGCUAUUAGAAAAUAUGGAAGGGAUUACCAGGCCAUUUCUGAUGUAAUUGGCAACAAGUCUGUGGGGCACGUGAGGAACUUCUUUGUAAACUACCGUCGACGUUUCAAUUUGGAUGAGGUGCUGCAGGAGUGGGAGGCCGAGCACGGUGUCGAAGCCUCCAAGAGCUCAGAGGAAGAGAAAAUGGAGGUGUCGUCUGAGGAAGGAACCGCCACCCCCGUACCCACAGAGGACCAGAAGGAGGUCUGAAGGAGGCUCUGCCUACAGAAGCACAGACCCCCUCUGCCUCUUGAGUGGCCACAUCUGAGAGAUCUUUUGCUUCUGAUCCAAAUGCAAUCUGCAGUCCUGUUAAAGGCAUGAUGUGCUAUAGAGGCACUGACAAGUACCCACCAUUCCCACCAGUCUCCUUGCUGCUGCUGCUGCUCCUUUGACUCAGCUGAAAUCAAUGAUUCUUACAUCUCCUGCAAAGUGGAAUCUCAACUGGCCCAACCCAGGAAUAAAGAUAGUAUUUACUUUUGUAGUGUCACUGCCAGCAGGAAAUAGUUUCUCUGUCAGGUCAAUGUUGUGCCUGGUGCUUCAAGCGCUGUAUUCAGUGAACCUUCAGAAACACCGAGAAGUGACGCUGGCUGGAUUUUGUGAUCAGCGUCAGAGGAAGACUUGACUUCUGUUAAAGUUUUAAUAAACAUUGUUUCCGUCA